AUGCAGACAAUAAGUUUUGUGGAGUCAAGUAGAAUCAAGGUAAAGGGGUUAUUGUCGCUGAACAGCCAAAUGUUCCACAUCGUCAUUAAUCGAUGCCGUGAUGUUAAGAUGUACGAUAUUAGGAUCGUGGCGGAUGGAAAAAGCCCGAACACAGAUGGCAUUCAUGUCCAACUAUCAACUGAUGUUGAAAUUCGUAACGCUUCCAUCAAAACUGGUGACGACUGUAUCUCCAUUGGCCCCGGAACCAAGAACUUGUGGGUCGAACGAGUCACAUGUGGCCCUGGUCAUGGAAUCAGCAUUGGGAGCUUGGGAAAGGAUAGAGAAGAGGAAGGGGUACAAAAUGUGACGGUGAAGAAGACAGUUUUUGUAGGAACAGACAAUGGAUUGAGAAUUAAGUCAUGGGCUAAUCCAUCAUCCGGUUUUGUUCAGAGGGUUCGAUUCUUAGAGUCUCUUAUGUUCAAUGUCAAGUUUCCUCUCAUUAUUGACCAACACUAUUGCCCUCAUAACAUAAAUUGUCCUUCUCAGGAAUCAGGAGUGAGGAUAAACGAUGUGAUAUAUCAAGGCAUAAGGGGAACAUCAGCUACAAAGAUAGCGGUAAAAUUGGAUUGCAGUGCUAAAGCUCCAUGCACACGUAUUAGAAAGCAUGACAUUAGUCUGAGAUAUGCUAAUGAAGCUGCACAAUCUUCAUGUGUCAAUGUCCUUGGAGAUGCACUUGGUAUGGUCAAACCUCCAACCUGCUUCUGA